AUGAGCGGAGCUGGGGUACAAUCACUGCAAGCUAUUGCUUCUCGGUUCAAGAUCAUCAACCAACAAUGUUCUUUAUGGAAGACAUGUAUGACAAAGGCCAAUGCAAGGCAUGUGAGUGGCUCCAAUCUUGAAGAUGUGGCCUCUCAAGUUGUAUCAUGCUUGGCAAAUCUUAAAAAAUUGUCGUUAGCUUCUGCUCAAGGGAUAGACUUUGUCGUCCACAAGCGUCUAUCUUCUGGGUAA